AUGGAUGGUUUAUACAAAGAAGAAGUUCCAACAGGUGAGGGCUUCAGACUCUUGGAAUUUCUUGAGUUAACACAAGGAAAAAGUCCCAAAAAGGCUCCUUCUUUUACCAUCAUUCUUGCACUAUUUGUCCUUCUUCGUACUUUCACAUCCAUCAUAACAUCGGUUUUAGCUGUUUUCACUGAUUCCAAAACUUCUAUCUAUUCAAUCUUAACAACUACAUCAUUAUAUGUGGACGCGAUCAGUGUCAAUUUUUCGAUGGUCCUUAUCUUUUUCAUAGCUCUUAACAGAUGUCUAGUCAUUGUGAAAACUUCAUGGAGUGAAGCGAUUUUUGAAGGAAAACGAGUCAUUGUUCCAGUUGUUAUAAGUCUAGUUUUAUCAAUUUUGGGAGCUUAUUUGUCUAUGCAAACUUCAAAAAUCACAAGAAGAUAUCAGUUUGCUAUCGGUUUCAUUGAUUUCGGAGAGCCCAAUGGGUUAAGAACAUUAAUCACCCGUCUCUUUUAUAUAUUUCCAAUGACAUCUGCAAUUUGUUACCUGAUAAUUUUUUACCAUCUAAAGAAUGCAAAGAAAUCACUUCUGAAUCAUAGCCAAUCAAACCACCAAGGACAGCAAAAUGUCUUCAUUCAAAUUUUGAUGACCGUUUUUUUCUAUGGUUCAGUUUCUUCUAAAUGCAUCAUUCGGAAAAUCCGGCUCUUUUUCUGCAUUCUUCUGACAAAGAACCGGUUCAAUGUGUACCAAAGUCAAAAUUUGAUUUGUUUAGUGAAUUUUGUUUUCCAAAUUUUGGCAAUAUGGAUGGUUUGUACAAAGAAGAAGUUCCAACAGGGAUCCUUCUUUUUCCUUCUUAUCACUCUUGCAUUAUCAAUCCUUUUUCGUACUCUCAUCUUUAUCAUAACAUUUAUGUUUGCUGCUUUCUCUGAUCCUGAUAUUUCAUCCUAUUCAAUUCCAACAACUAUCUCAUUAUAUGUGGACGCUACCAGUGCCAAUUUUUCAAUGGUCCUUAUCUUUUUCAUAGCUCUUAACAGAUGUCUAGUCAUUGUGAAAACUUCAUGGAGUGAAGCGAUUUUUGAAGGAAAACGAGUCAUUAUUCCUGUUAUAAUCAGUUCCAUCUUAUCAGUUAUAGGAGCUUUUGUGUCUAUUCGGACUUCAAAAAUCACAAGAAGAUAUCAGUUUGAUAUGGGCUUCAUUGAUUUCGGAGAGCCCAAUGGGUUUAGAAAGUUAAUCACCCGUCUCUUCUACAUGUUUCCCUUGUCAUCUGCAAUUUGUUAUCUGAAAAUUUUUUGGCAUCUCAAGAAGAACAAGAAAAAACUUUUGGCUCAUAACAAUUCAAAGAAUAAAGGACAGCAAAAUGUAUUCAUUCAAAUUUUGAUCACCGUGUUUUUCUAUGGGAUAAUGUCUGCGAUCUCAGAAUACUUGGGAUAUGUGGACCAAGCUGGUUUUGACAUCCAACUGACCCUCAUUUCAAUAUUCAACCUUCUAAACUAUUUGCCAGAAUUAUGCUUACCAUUUUUAUUGGUGUUGAAUAAUUGUAAACCGAAAAAGAAAGCUACUGUUGUUGUAGCGGUUAGCCAAAGCAACAGUAUAAUUAGAAGAUCAGAUAUGAUCUCCAUCAAAUGA